GUGGUUUAACGAAAUCUGUGGUGUCUAUAACAAAUACGACAUUUGCAAAGUAUUUUUACUAUACCGAAGCUUAAAAUUAUACUUUAUAGUAAUGGAAUAAAAAUAAUAAUCCAGCGCUACCAUCCUUUAUAGUCUGAGCCUCAGAUUUAGACAAUAGCUGGACAGCGUUCUAGGCUUUUCCUGACUGUUGUAUCGUAGUUAUUAUCGAUAUUAGCGCCACAGAUGUAUUAUGUUUAUUGCGGUUUAAAAUGUAUGUAACCUGACUGUGAUUACAAUUUAUUAUAUAUUUUACGAGUAAGUAAUAAAACGUCAUUUUAGGUGCUAAGUGGCCCAACAUCACGAUUAUAUUUAAUGUUUAAACACCAGUCAUGGUUGUGGCUCUAGUUUUACUUUUUAGUAUUUUCGUCUCGAUUCUAAUUUACCUUACUGGCAAAUACAAUGAAAUUUAUUGGAAAAGGAGAAAUAUUAAAUUUUAUCCAAAAAACAAGGUAACUGGACUCUUUUGGGAUUAUGUGACAAAGGAUAAAGCAUUCUUUGAAAACUUUCGUGAGCUAUAUAGAGAGUACCGAAAUGAUGUAGCGGUUGGGCUUGGUGGAUUUUUAACACCAUCUCUAUACAUUAUAGAACCAACUAAUAUACACCAUGUAUUGUCUAUCGAUUUCAAUGCUUUUAACCACCGAGGUAUUGAUGUGAAUAAAGGAGAUAAACUGGCGGACAACUUACUCUUCAUGAAAGGCAACCGUUGGAAGUUGAUGCGUCAAGCGAUGACUCCCCUAUUUACUGUAUCGAAAUUAAAGUCUAUGUUCUACAUAAUUGAUAAAAGUGCUGCUGAUUUUGUAAUACUUCUUAAAAAUAACCCUAACCUUUGGGAGUCGAAAACAUUUGACACCAUCUCGUCAUUUUCCAGCGCUGCUAUAGGCGCUGCUGUCUUCGGUCUCUCUCCGAACUCUAUUUUCGAUUCUCCCUUUCUCGAUAUGUCCCGAGAAGCAUUAAUGUCCACGUUCAUCACUGAUCUUAAGUUUGCCCUAGCAAAUAUCAGUACAUCAUUAUUCGAAACCCUAGACAUUGCAAUCUUUAAAGAUCACGAAAAGUUUUUUAUCCAUGCAAUCAAGCAAGUACUAAGGGAACGAGAAAAGGAAAACGAAAAGAAACAUGAUUUUGCGGAUUUGUGUAUCCAGAUACAAAAUGCUGGAACAAUGAUAGACAAAGACACAGGCCUGCAAUUAGAACCUACAGACGAACUUUUAGCUGCUCAAGCAUUUUUUUUUUUUAUUGCUGGCGUUGAACCAACGGCUUCGGUAAUAUUUUCUACUUUAAUUGAAUUAGGUCAGCAUCCCGAAUCUUUAGAAAGGCUUCACAAAGAAAUCGAUAUUACAUUUGAUAAGUACAAUAAUAAAAUGACUUAUGAAAUUAUCAGUGAAAUGAAAUUUCUUGAUAUGGUGUUAUCUGAGUCGCUGCGAAUACAUCCGCCAAUAGGUUUUUUAAGAAGACAAUGCGUACAAGAUUCUAUGCUUCCCGUUGGUAAUUUAAAAGUAGAAAAAGGUACUAGAAUAUUUACUCCCGUAUAUGAGAUUCAUCACGAUGAAAAAUAUCACCCCGAUCCGGAAGUGUUCAAUCCAGAAAGAUUUUCUCCUGAGAAUAAGCAUAAUAUAUCUGAUACAACAUAUAUGCCGUUUGGAAGAGGAAAUAGGAUUUGCGCUGGUAUGCGGUAUGCAACCCUUCAAACAAAAGCUGGUAUCAUUCAUUUACUGCGACAUUUCACUGUGAAAGCUAUUAUCAAGGAAGGAGGGAUAAGAUAUCGCAAACAGCCUGUGCAAGUGAGGCUUGACAAUGUUGACAUUAAAUUUAUCCCAAGAAAAUUGUAACACAUAAUCAAUGUUUGUCAUAUUAGAAAAUUAUUUGAAAUGUUUAAAGAAAUUCCGAGUCCCGUAGUACAUAAAAUAUUAGGAGUAUGUUAUUGGAAAACACAUAAAUUUGUUUUAAAAGAUUUACUAAUAA